GAACGACGCUAAUAUUACAUUUUCUCUACAAGUGACAUUCGACGUCCUGCGUCGCUCACCUCACACGGCCACUCCACGUACUCACAGGCGGCGUCCACUCGCUACAUACUUGCUGACAUGUCUCCUCUCGAACCCCCCUCAGCCCCUUUCGCAACCAUAGACCGCCCCGCCUCUGACAGAUCCUCAAAUGCCUCCUACUCCCCCCGCCCAGAUUCCACCUUUUCUCAAAAGGACAUCUCCCUCAGCGUCAACUACCUUCCCUCCAAAUUCUCCUCUACUCUCCUCUCUCCUCGCGCGAGGAAGAGAAAGGGUAAGGGUGUAGAUGCUCUUAUCCCGAAAAGGGGCGGUGGAAGGGAGGCGUUCAAGUCGAGCGAGGCUAGGAUGCCCGCAGAAGGCGACGAGGACUAUGACGGUGUUACUGGUAAAUGGUUUGGUGGCAAAGAAGGUGGUCACACCAAGCCCAGGCUGCGAUGGAAUAAAUUCAAAUGGGCCCUCUUCAUUGCCAACGUAUUCCUCUCUGCCUAUGCCCUGUGUGGUCUAAUCUUCUGCCUCUGCACUUGGUUCGACGUCUUUGAACGUGCAGACAUCGUCCGUGUUGGCAAUCGCACAGAGCUCAUCAUCUCCACUACAGCAGCAGCUCUCGCCGUCGUCACCUCCUUAAUCGGUUGGGCCGGUAUUCUUCUCAACAAUCGCUCCUUCCUUGCCGUUUACACUUUCCUCCUCUGGAUUUGCUUCGCUCUCCUCGUCACACCUGGCUACCUCACGUACAAACAGCGCACAUUUAACCUCGAGGGAAAGGUCAACUCGCAAUGGUCUCGCGACCUCGGCGCCGAAGGACGUCUUAGAAUCCAGAAUAGGCUACAUUGCUGCGGUUACUUCUCGCCGUUUGUUGAAGCGACCGUGAGCCAAACGUGUUAUGCGAGGAGUAUCCUGCCCGGCUGCAAGCAGCCGUAUCUUAACUUUGAGCGUCACGUGUUGACACUGUGGUACACCAUCGCAUUCGCGCUCGUACCCCUCCAAAUCGCCAUCAUCGUUGCGGGUUUGUUGUGCUCGAACCAUGUGACGUACAGGUUUGGAAAAGGCAUGAUGCCCAAAGCUUACAGACUAAGCAUGAACAGUAUGGCCGUCAUCAUGGACAACUACGCCAACCAACUCGCCGAACAGUAUGGCUCAGACGUGGCUUCUGAUGUGAUGACCCGCUCGCGAUCGAACCUCCAGCUCGACACGCUGCCGUACUCUCCCAUCACGCCUACGGGAGGCUCACCGUUCAACACUGGGGCGACGAACACGAUGUUUGGGGGCUCGCAGUACGACUCGCUUGCACGGAGGGCGCCUGAUACACCUUCAUGAUCUUCUUGUCUCUUUCUCUGAGUGGAAUAGAUGAGGGGAGGAAGAAAGGUUGACGUCGGUUGACCCUUGAGAGUUAUGGACCUUUUUUACACACGCACAUACCGCAUCGCCUACUUGCCGUGCUAUAUUUACUCAUCGUACACUUUCCGUUAUUCCUAUACGAUUGCUCACUGCUACGUACUAACUCAACUACCCUCACCACACAGCACACUUGCUACGAUACUCAUCUUUUAUUUUUUUACUCGAGGUCGUUUGUUGCAGCUCUUGUUUAGGGCGGUGUCCGUUCAUUUUGAAUUUGAAUUUGAUUGCUUGCUAAUUUUCUUCCCUCGAUGAAUCGAAAUUGUUUUUUGAAUG